AUGGCCGACACGUUCAGAAAUCUGACCAAGAGUAUCAAAGACAUCGGCUCCAAGGAAUCAGACAUGUCGAUGUCCGAGCGGCACGAUUGGGGAGCCACCUCGUACGGUGAUCCUUACAAGUACACCCCUAAACAGGGUCAACAAGACUGGAAGACGCCUUACACAGCCGGUGGAACCAACACGAACACCAACUACGGGACUUCUUACGCCGCACCUCAAGGUGGAUAUGGUUAUCCUUCGGCCCCUACUAACGGCUCUGUCCCGCCUCAAGAUGGAUAUGCCUAUCCUCCUCAAGGUGGAUAUCCUCCAACCUAUGGCGGGUAUUCAUCUACUCCGGCACCCAGCGAUCCUAAUGCUUCAACUUAUGGAACUGUUGGAGGGUUUGUCGCCGGAUCUGCAACAACGGAACCCCCUGCUUAUGAUGCCUCCCAUGCCACCGAAAGCCACGGUGUUGCUGGUACUACUGGUGCGAUACAACACUAUACCACUGACACCACCAAUACGAGAGCUUAG